CUCACAUUUCAAUUUUCCAGCUUCCCAACAGAAAAGUCUCCUCCACUCAACACCCGAAAUUCCAGCACGAUGAUGUCCAACAUGACGUCCGAGCAGUACGAAGUCAUGUACACCAUGCGCUCCGAGAUGUUUGCCAAGAAGGAUGGCCAAGAUCCCCAAUGCUACGGCCCACCUCGUGGAUUUGCUCCGUGGGGUAUUGGGCCCCGAGGAUUCGGUCGUCCUCCUUGGAUGGACGUCUCGCCAGCCGAACGCGACGUGUUCGUGAAAUACCGCCAGAAAGGUACCCGACGCGCCGCUUUCGGUGGACUUUUAGGAGCUACAGCGAUGGCAGGAAUCUGGAACGUGGCUGCGUUUGGAACACCCUUGGGUGUUGUAGGAGUGCUAGUCGGUGGUGCGAUCGGUGCUAGAACGUCGAUGAGUACGAGCAACAUUCGUACGGAUUUGCUCACGGAGCUGCUACAGCUUCCAGGUGAUAAAGCUCCACACGCGGCCCAAGCGAGAGAAAUUCUCCAGACGAAGCUGGCACACAAUACGUACGCUCAAGAGCUGCUCAAGGGUGCGGGGCUACCAACGUACGUAUUUUAGUUUUCAAGUCUCCUUUACGACAUCGAAUCCGACUAGAAAUGUGAUUUUUUUAUGUUGCAGGGCGUCGGACAAGCCAGCCACGGAGAGCUUCAAGGACAAGUAAAACCAGCAAAAGCGUUGGGUAGUCAGAUUUCAGUUUCCACUUGCAGCAUUUUUUUUUUUUUCAACAGUAAUGCCAUGUAUGCAAAUUCGGUAUGCAAAGCUACACAAGAGUUUACGCUAAUGAUGCUAUUAGUUGUAUUAUAACACCACCGCGCGAAAUUGUGUGUAGAUGGCGAGAUUAACUCGCUGCUUACUUCUACAUAAUAAUAAAGCGAGCGC